AUGCCUGCUACCACUGAAGCCGUGAAUGGACAUGCCGCACAGAAUGGCGCAAACGGGGCACACAUACCUGUCACGAGCAUAUUCUCGAACUUCGUCGCCAACGCGAGUACCGAGGAUCUGACUCCCCACAUACGAGGCCGUCUGAAGGAGUACAUUAUCGACUUCAUCGGUGUCACCCUCGCGGCCAGCCACUCGUCGGAAUCGACACCAGCGUUUUGCGACGCUGUCAAGGCCCUGGGCGGCCAGAACAAUGGCUCGUGUACGGUCCUGGGCAAGGGCAAAUCGUUCACCCCUCAAUAUGCUGGCCUGCUCAACGCCACCUUGGGCCACUCUCUGGAUUUCGACGACACCUACGCGAAAGGGACGUUGCAUGCCGGUGUCACUGCCAUCGGAGCUGGUUUGACGCAGGCGGAACUGCUGGGCGAUCAGGCGAGUAUGGACCGGUUCCUGCUUGCUGUGGCCGUGGGAUACGAAAUCACCUGUCGCCUGGGCAAGGAACUCGGCAACGACGCCUACUCCCGCGGCUUUCACAAUACCUCUACCGCCGGCAUCUUUGGUGCUGUGGCCACACUCGCGGUCCUCAAAGGCCUAUCGGUCGAGGUUGUCGAAAACGCGUUCGGCCUCGCGGGCUCAAAGGCCGCCGGGUCAAUGCAGUAUCUCGAGAAUGGAAGCUGGAACAAGAGGCUCCACCCUGGUUUCGCUGUUCACGAUGCCUUCAUGUGCGUGGCUCUAGCCGAAGCCGGCGUUAUUGGCGCGGCGAAGAUCUUUGAAGGAACAUUCGGCUUUCUUCACGCCUAUAGCCCCAAACCAGAUAAGGAUCUGGCCUACCUCACUGCCGAUCUAGGCAAGAGAUGGGAAUUCCUCGAGACGUCUCUGAAGCCGUUCCCGGCAUGCCGCAUGACGCACGGCUUCAUCGAACAUGCCGUGAGGUUGGGCCGUGACAAGGGCUGCUCCAAAGCCCAGGAUGUGAAGAGCAUUACCUUGGCGCUGAGCCCUGCCAAUGUGAGCGUUGUCGGAGCACCGAUCCCUAACAAGAUCCACCCGGAGAACAUGGUCGACGCCCAAUUUUCUGCCUACUUCACCACUGCGAACAGCUUCCUGUACGGAUCGGACAACGGCGUCCGCUGUUACGACAAGGACCGGCUCAUGGACCCUCAGAUCCGGGAACUAUCCGACAAGAUCAGGUGCGUGGGUGACAGCUCUAUCAAGGAGUUUGGUUCGAAGAUGACAGUCGAGUAUGCGACCGGGGAGGUCUCCGAGAUCGACAUUCCCUAUCCCUUGGGAGAGUUGCAACACCCCUUCACGAGGGAGCAAGUAGAUGCGAAGUUCUUCAGUCUGGUGAACCCGAUAUACGGCGAGAAGAAAGCCAGGAACAUCCGGGAUGCGGUAGAGAGUAUUGAAAAGCAUACCGUAAGCGAGUUGCUUGCCAUGUGUUGA